AUGGAGGAGGAAGAGAAGCAAGCAUCACAAGCAUGGAUGGAGUGGCUCAUGAAAAAGCGAAAAGCAUUUGACCAGCGGGGUGAUAUGGCUGUUGCAGCUUGGGCUGAGCAGCAGCAGCGUGAGAUGAGUCUACGUGCACGCCGUCUGGCACUUCUGUGGAUGGAAUUGCAGAUUGAUCCUAAGAAAAAGGAAGAUUCUGGCAAAAGAAAAGAGGCAUCGUUGGAGAAUUUCAGUAAUACCCUUAGGCGGCAUACACUUGUUUUGAAGAAAAGGGAUAUAAUGCGAAGGAAAGCAGAAGAAGAAAGGAAAAAGCCAUUGGCAAGCUUCUAG